UAUGGAGAGCCUACUCUAUUUCAGCUCUGGCCUUGUGGGGAAUAUAGCAAAGAACUUGGCUAUUGGCAUUUUAAUAUCAUAAUAAAAGACAACAGAAGUAUGAUGUACUUAAAUAUAUAUUUGAGAUUUUGUCCCUGUAUAUGUAUGUGCGUGUAAACAGACAGAAGAAGAGAGAGAGAUAGAGAGAAAAAACCUCUCGGUUUCUCAAAAUCCUUGGAACCAUGUCAGUUGCCCUUAAGGCAGGUGGAGUGUUAGCAGUGGAGGUAGGCGAUUCGGAUUAUCCUCUUACAAACUCUUCCUAGAGUUCCACUGAAACUCUUCAACCAUCCUGAGGGUCCACUGCAUGUCUGUUUGCUGUUGCGGUGCCAUCACCAUCUGCUGUGACUAAAGGAUAUGGUGCCCAUGUCUCUUGUUUCCCCCUUGUCUGCCUGUUAAACCAUGCUCUUCGCCUUUUGACCUUACCAAUUUGAUAUAUUAGUAAGUGACAUCCAGUUGAUGCUUGCUUUCCUCUAGAAUUCCAUAUCCCAUUUCUGCCACGAAACCUAAUGUGAAAUGGAGAUUCAUCAGCUCCCUUUCCUCAGCAGGCAGCAUGGGGCCCAUCUAGCCAGGCAGGUGUCAGAUAGUAACAGGUCAAGUUUGCUGGAAGAACAGGUGCUGCUCAGAUGAGUAUCUGCAGGAGUAGCUUCAGUUCCCUUUGUUCUCUAGUUUGUCCUCCAGUGUGAUGUUAACUGCAGAUAAUUCCUACCCAAAUUCCCAAGCCUCCCAGGAGUUGGCCUCCUGCAAGUGAAGGCGCCACUUUCUCUUGCAUGAUGGUGAAACAGUUUCCUCCUACUACAGACGGUGCUUAGUCAUACGUCUCGUUGUCUUGUAACACACCUGCAUGCUUGGGAGACAUGCCUAAUGCAGACAGAAAGCCUUUCUGUGUGAGUUUGUGGCCAGGGAGACUGAAGCUUUAUUUACUUAUUUACAUAAAACAGUAAAGGCUGUUUCUUUUAAACAAUGAGUUAUCGUUUUUUCUAUGUACGUUUUCCUAUUACCCUAUUACAUCUCAUCCCUUAGCUAAGAGCCCGCAUCUUCCUCUUCUAUGUGCUCUGGGCCCUUUUUCUUGGUCUUCAAUCCAUCUCCUCCUAGCUACUCUUCCCUGGUCCCUAGCAUGGUAGCUCCAGUAUACUCAAUCUCUGUUGUUUCUCUGAUGACUCAUACCUUCCCAGGCUAUGGGCCUCUCCCAGGUUAGGACCUGCCAGUUCAACAUGAUAAAUACCCACAUUAACGCACCAAGCAAAGUGUGCAAUUACAGAGAUGUGGAACACUGUCCCUCUAGGGUAUAGAUGUAGGCCAGUCUGCCUUGAUACAUGGUGGUUAUCAACAGAUACCAACUACCUAGUAGACUUUGCUGGGAGCUGCGUGAGUCCAGGGUACAGACUGAUUCUGCAGGCAAAAUUCACAUACUUAGCAAAUCCAGGAAAGCAGGGAGCUCAGCUGCAAAGUCAGCUUGGACUUGUUUUGACUUCUUGCCCCACCACGUUCUAGCUACCUAACACAGAACCAACCACUUACUCUCUCAGAGAGAUUAAGGCCUAACCCACGGAUAAGCAUCUACGUUGCAGGGUUGCUAUAAAUGGCAUAUGUGGUUCAAGUGUCCAAUAUGGUGCCUGCUGCAUAAUGGGUACUCAGUUAUUGUUCAUGAUUCAUGGCAGAGUCAGAAACCUGUGAAGAACAGGCUCUGAGCUGGUCACUAGGGACAGAGUCGAAGUGAUGACAGUAUUCUCUGAAUGAAAGGAUGAGAGGCAGUGAUCAAGAAGAAAGCAAGAUGCCCAGGUCAGGAAUUAAGCCACCAGGAAAAAAGAUACUGAGGAUGAGGAACAGAAGGUACAAGCAGCUGAACAACAGCUCUGGCGCCAAUUAAGCCAGGCAGGGUCAGGUCCUGAAAUAACAGUUCAUUGCUUUCUCGAAGCUUUACUACUGCAAAUUAAUAUUUAUUGAGCAGCUGCAGCACCUGGUGCUCUGCUGGCAUUUCCUGAAAACUCCAUGCCAACAGAUGCAAAACAUCUUCCCAUAUGCAGAAUUCUCGCUGCUUUUUCCAUCAACUAUCAGUCAGUCACAUCAUAAGCAUUUAUUGGUUACCAAAUGUGUGCCUGGGUUGUCUGUCACAAACUGUGUGGAAUGUUGACUCUCAAAUUUGUUUCUCUAGCCAAGACCUCCACCUGGGGCUCCAGACACCUCUAUUCACCUGUCCACUGGACCUCCUCAGGCCACCACGUGUCUCACGGGCCACCACCAGCCUCACGUUCAGAAUAGAACUAGGCCCUGCUCCAUUGGAUGACACCUAACUUCAGAAACCUGUACUUCUCCCUUCCCUACCCUCACCCCUUUCUCCUACAUUCUUAGCAUCAAGUCUGUCUGCAAAUAUAUCUCGCACUGUCCACUGUACUCUAUCCCCAUGAAUGUCAUGUGGUUUGGGCCGUUGUCAUUUCUUGCCUGGAUUGCAUUGCAGGUGGAAAACAGACCAAAAUAUUAUGGAAGAGAGUUUCACGGGAUCAUCUCCCGGGAGCAGGCGGAUGAGCUUCUUGGAGGCGUGGAGGGUGCCUACAUCCUUAGAGAAAGCCAGCGGCAACCAGGAUGCUACACGCUGGCUCUCAGGUUUGGAAACCAGACCUUAAACUACAGGCUCUUCCACGACGGGAAACACUUUGUGGGUGAGAAGAGGUUUGAGUCGAUUCACGAUCUGGUGACAGAUGGCUUGAUAACACUGUACAUAGAAACAAAAGCUGCCGAGUACAUUUCAAAAAUGACAACUAACCCCAUCUAUGAACACAUUGGAUAUGCCACCCUACUCAGAGAAAAAGUAUCCAGAAGGCUGAGCAGGUCUAAAAAUGAACCAAGAAAAACAAACGUCACACACGAUGAACACACGGCGGUGGAAAAGAUCUCCUCCCUGGUUCGAAGGGCAGCCCUCACACACAACGACAACCACUUCAACUAUGAGAAGACACACAACUUUAAGGUCCACACAUUCCGAGGCCCACAUUGGUGUGAAUAUUGUGCCAAUUUCAUGUGGGGGCUCAUCGCCCAAGGGGUCCGGUGCUCAGACUGUGGAUUGAACGUACACAAACAGUGUUCCAAGCACGUUCCCAAUGACUGCCAACCUGAUCUCAAGAGGAUCAAGAAAGUGUACUGUUGUGACCUCACAACACUUGUGAAGGCUCACAACACUCAGAGACCCAUGGUGGUGGACAUAUGCAUUCGGGAAAUUGAAGCAAGAGGAUUAAAAUCGGAAGGCCUUUACAGAGUCUCUGGGUUCACUGAACACAUUGAAGAUGUCAAAAUGGCAUUUGACAGAGAUGGUGAGAAGGCCGAUAUAUCUGCCAAUGUCUAUCCAGACAUAAACAUCAUCACUGGAGCCCUUAAACUGUAUUUCAGAGACUUACCCAUCCCUGUCAUCACAUAUGAUACCUACUCCAAAUUUAUAGAUGCAGCAAAAAUCUCCAAUGCAGAUGAGAGGCUGGAAGCCGUCCAUGAAGUGCUGAUGCUGCUGCCUCCUGCCCACUAUGAAACCCUCCGGUACCUAAUGAUCCACCUCAAAAAGGUUACUAUGAAUGAAAAAGACAAUUUCAUGAAUGCAGAAAAUCUGGGGAUCGUGUUUGGGCCCACUCUGAUGAGGCCCCCUGAGGACAGCACCCUUACCACCCUGCAUGAUAUGCGGUACCAAAAGCUGAUUGUGCAGAUUUUAAUAGAAAAUGAAGACGUUUUAUUCUAAUCCAUCAGGGAAAUGAGCUGAAUGGCCACAGCCCCAUCCAAGUUGACAAAGCUAAAGGAAUAAAAACAUUUCUUACCACUUGAUUUGUUUUCCAAGCAAGUGCUAGAAUUUGCUGGACCGCAGAGGAUCGCCGAGUAGGGUACUGUGUCUCAUAGACAUGCGCCACCUCCACGUGAGAACAAGGGUGAAGGUGAGGGAAGCCCCUCACCUUGGGUCUUUUGCUGUGCCUCCUAUGUAUGUCUGGUUGGCUGGAAGAGUGAUUAAUACAUCUUUAAUUUAUUAAAAAAACAAUGUAGACCUUUAAACUUCAGUCUUAUUGGUAAUAAAAGGGAACUUAAUUCAUAAAGGUACUUGAUACAGUUAUACAUUUUCCACUUACAAAAAGAAGACAAUUCUGUUAAAUGUUAAAUGAAACCUAUAUCGUAAAAUGUAUUUUUAUUUUAGCCACAAGAAUGUUAUUUUUAGCAAAUAGAACUCAAUGCAGUGCAUUGGUUAUUACCCUGUGUACCUUGUCCCUCAUUUUGCUGUGACACCCUGAAAAAGUUGACCACGAAUGCAGUAUUAUCUUGACAUACCUCUGUCCUCCUCAGUGCUUUUCAAUGAAAUUUCACCUGCCCCUUGUGUUCCUGCUUUUGAUAGUUUUUGCUCUUAAGCACUGGCAUUCUUCUAUUGUAUGGUAUAUAUUUAUAGCAAUUGUAGGAUGGUCUGAAAUGUCCACAAACUUUCUAUUCAUACAAAUUUUGUGAAUUCCCAAAGUAUGCUUUGGAAUUGGUCAUAGUCUUUUCGUAUCAUGAGUGUGUAUCCCAGAAGAUACAGAAGGCGGUCAUUUUACCUGAAAUUAUUUGAGAACACUGGAUGUAUCUGGUCUGUGUAAAAAGUUAACACUUUCCCUCUUUUCUUCCCGACCAAGCCCUCUGAAUUCAUCUGUUAAUAUCGAAUUGUAUUUUUGCCACAUUUCUGUAUUGGUGAAAAGCGAAUCUGCAGAAUAAUUGUCAAUGUUUUUCAUUUUUGUUUUACAAACCUAUUUUUUAAAGUGAGAAUAAGGUUGGUUUUUACCAAAUAUUUGUUCCUCCUUGACAAAAGUAGCUCUGUGUGGAUAAUAUGAUUUUAUUACUACAGUUCCAUUCACUUGGUUAUAUUUAUCUUAGCAUGAGCCUUUCACACCAAGAUUUCUAUAUUUUGUAACAUAGGUGAAACAUUUAAAACAUCAAAAACUGUAAAUCUAGAUUUUUAAAAAAUCCAACUACAAUGUCUUUUCCUUUGAUUGAGAUGAUUUGUGUAAACUCACCAGUCUUGCUUUGGAGUGAGCAGAAGAGAAUGACUGUUUUGCGUGGAGCAUCAUCGUGUGACUGUUGACCUGGACAGUCCCAAGGGCUAUGCAGAUGGACUCCAUUGGCACACGGAGGUCAGAAUGGUUUGACCUCUUCCCUGCUAUUAUCCCUCCUUCCAACUGUACAGAUUUGUUUGUUGUAGUUUAUGUACUUCUUGAUACUGUCAAAAAAUUAUCUGGAAAUGGUUUUAUUUUGUGAAGUGAACAAUACUUUGUAAUUUAUGAUAGUGUAAAUGGAAGGCAAAGCAUCACACGUAUUAAAUUCUUCUGUCUAUUAUUCUGGA